AAUAAGCCGACAUGAAGAACCAAAAAAAUAUAACCAUUAUACUAACUGGGCCACCAGGAGUGGGUAAAACUACACUGGUCCACAAAAUAUGCUCGGCUCUGCAGGAUAGAGGACGCAUUCUUCAAGGAUUCUACACAGAGGAAAUGCGAGGUGAGGGCACCAGCCAAAGAAUCGGCUUCGACGUGGUCACGUUAGCCGGAAAACGAGCAAUCCUAUCUCGCAAGAAUCCCGGGGACCAGCUGCGACGACCCAAAGUGGGAGAGUAUUCGGUGUUUGUGCAGGACUUCGACAGUCUCGCUCUGCCAGUACUUGGCACACAGGAUUCCCAACCAGAGCCGGAUCUCCUGGUCGUGGAUGAAGUGGGCAAAAUGGAGCUGCUUAGCAAGCGAUUUGAGUCGGCCAUGGCUGAUCUCCUGAAGAAAAAGCGGGCCCUAUUGGUCACCAUACCCGAGAAAUCAACAUUGGCUUUGGUGGAGCAGCUGAGAAAGUCAGCAGGAUCCAAGAUUUACCAGGUGACCAAAUUCAAUAGGAACGCCUUGGCUGGAGAGAUUACAGAAGAGAUUACAAAAGCACUUCUUUAACAAAGU